GCUGCCGGCGCUGCCGGUGCCGGUGCCGGUCCGGUCCGGCGGGCCCGGGGCCGCGGGCGGGGCGGGGGCGGGGGCGGCGCUGCCGGCCCGGCCCGGGGCGGGGGGGCCGGACGGGACGGUGACGGUCCCCGGCGCGGCGGGCCCGGCGCGGCCGCUGGCGGAGCAUGAGGGAGCCAUGAGCCCGCUGCGGGGCUGGCUGCUGGCCGCGCUGCUCUCGCUCGCCCCGCGGGCAGGUCCCGCCGCGCAGGCCGGGGCGGUGCCGCGGAGGGUCCCGCGGGCCGGAUGGCAGGACGGGCGGGUGGUCUCCCAGAUCACCCACCCCAGCAGGUUGGUGGGGCAGAGCUCGGGAGGAGGAGAAGUCUCAAAGCAUCAGCUGGACACCAGGGUCAGGAAUGAGUCUGGACGAAGAGGAAGAGGAGGAGGACCCGGGCUGCAUCUGGCGCAGGUGAGCUUCGUGGUGCACGCCUUCGGCUCCGCCUUCACCCUCGACCUCCGGCUGAACCACCACCUCCUCGCCUCUCACUACGUGGAGCGGCACCUCGGCGCGGGCGGCAACGGCAGCCACAGCACGGGCGCGGGGGAGCACUGCUACUACCAGGGCCGGAUCCGGGGGCAGCCCCGCUCCUUCGCCGCCCUCUCCAGCUGCCAGGGCCUGCGGGGGGUCUUCUCGGACGGCCGAGCCACCUACCUGAUCGAGCCCCAGGCGGGCACCGAGCACGGGCAGGGCCUCCGACCGCACGUCGUCCAGCGCGUCCCCAGCUGCCCCCGCCCGGGCUGCCUUUUCCCUGUGCUGAGCCAGCGAGACACGGGUGGGAUACCAAAGCUGCGACGGCGGCGGCAGGUCCGCCGAGCCCAGCACACGGUGCACAGCGAGACCAAGUACAUCGAGCUGGCCGUGGUGAACGACCACCAGCUGUUCCUGCAGCUCCGCAAGUCCGUGGUUCUCACCAGCAACUUCGCCAAGUCCGUGGUCAACCUGGCUGACAUGAUCUACAAGGAGCAGCUCAACACUCGCAUCGUGCUGGUGGCCAUGGAGACGUGGGCGGCGGAGGAUCGGAUCCGGAUGGGACAGGACUCCCUGGAGACCCUGAACGAGUUUGUGAAGUACCGGCCGGAGGGGCUGGCAGAGCACAGCGACACCGUCCACCUCUUCUCGGGCCGGACGUUCCAGAGCAGCCGCAGCGGCACCGCCUUCGUGGGGGGCAUUUGCUCCCCCGCCCGCGCCGGCGGCGUCAACGAGUACGGCAACGUGGCGGCCAUGGCGGUGACACUGGCACAGACCCUGGGGCAGAACGUGGGCAUGAUGUGGAACAAGCACCGCACGGCCGCAGGGGACUGCCGGUGUCCGGACUCGUGGCUGGGCUGUAUCAUGGAGGACACAGGGUAUUACCUCCCGAGGAAGUUUUCCCGAUGCAGCAUCGACGAGUACAACCAGUUCCUGCAGGACGGCGGCGGCAGCUGCCUCUUCAACAAACCCCUGAAGCUCCUGGACCCUCCGGAGUGCGGCAACGGCUUCGUGGAGGCGGGCGAGGAGUGUGACUGUGGCUCGCUGGCGGAGUGUGCAAGGAGCGGGGGGAACUGCUGCAAGAAGUGCACCCUGACCCACGAUGCCAUGUGCAGCGACGGGCUCUGCUGCAAGGGCUGCAAGUACGAGCCACGGGGUGUGUCCUGCCGGGAGGCUGUGAACGAGUGUGACAUGCCCGAGAGCUGCACCGGGGACUCCAGCCAGUGUCCCCCCAACCUCCACAAGCUGGAUGGAUACUUCUGUGAGAAUGAGCAGGGACGAUGCUACGGCGGGCGCUGCAAAACCCGAGACCGUCAGUGCAAUGCCCUGUGGGGCCGUGGCUCGGCCGAGCGCUUCUGCUACGAGAAGCUGAACGUGGAGGGGACGGAGCGGGGGAACUGCGGGCGCGAGGGCCUGGGCUGGCUGCAGUGCAACAAGCAGGACGUCCUCUGCGGCUUCCUCCUCUGCGCCAACAUCUCGGGGUCGCCGCGGGUGGGGGAGCUCAGCGGGGAAAUCGCCACCACCACCUUCUUCCACCAGAACCGCUACGUGGACUGCAGGGGGGGCCACGUGCAGCUGGUGGACGGCUCAGACCUGAGCUACGUGGAGGACGGGACGCCCUGCGGGCCCGGAAUGCUCUGUCUCGACCGCAAAUGCCUUCCAGCCACCGCCUUUAACUUCAGCUCCUGCCCCGGCAGCUGGGACGGGAAGAUCUGCUUCGACCACGGGGUUUGCAGCAACGAGGGGAAGUGCAUCUGCCGGGCGGAGUGGACGGGGAAGGACUGCAGCGUCUACGACCCCAUCCCGGAGCCGAAGCCGACGGGGGAGACGGAGCGAUACAAGGGUCCCAGUGGCACCAAUAUCAUUAUCGGCUCCAUCGCGGGGGCCGUACUGGUGGCUGCCAUCGUCCUUGGGGGGACAGGCUGGGGAUUUAAGAACAUCCGCCGAGGAAGGUACGACCCGGCGCAGCAGGGAGUGUAACCGUGUCCCCCCCAUCGUCCCGUCACCGUCCCUGUCACCGUCACCGUCCGGCAGCCUGACGGCGUGGGAGCCCCCGGGCCCGUCUGUCCAUGUCGCUGUGUGUCCGGCCGUGCUGUCUCCAUCUCUGUGCCCCCACAGCUGAACAGGGACAGCGGCUGGGGGGGCCUGGCAGCAGUCCCCCCCCCGGUGCUGGCUCAUUUCAGCUCAGUGUCCCCCCCAUGUGUCACCCCCUUGUCACAGCCCCCCACUAAACACACCCCACUUCUGUGUUGCAGGUCCGGGGGGGCCUGAGCGGGGCUGCUCUGCCCCACCCCCCCAGCGCCUCAUUAACAGCAAUUAAAUGGGGCGGCGCUGCCGAGGGUCCGGCCGAGGAGGAGAGCGGUGGGGGGGCACCCGGGACCACCCCCCGACCCCCCCACUGCACCACCACGAAUGUACAGGGACCCCCGGCCCCCCCGGGCUGGCGGCACUCGGCACCGGGAUGAAUGUACCUGCGGGGGCCAGCGGGGAGCCCCCGGCCCCACAUCCCCCUCCCUGCCCCCCCAGCAACAUCUUCCAGCCUGGGGGCCUGGGUCCCCCAAAAGGCAGCCCCGUGUCCCCCAGGAUGAGGCCAGUAGGCCCAGUACCAGGCCAGCACCCCUCUCCCAGUGCAGGGCCUGGGUGUUGUGUCCCCCCAGCCCAGAUGGGGACCAAGGACUGCACCCCCAGAUGUGCUUCCCUCCCCCCCCAAAGUGGCUCAGCAGCCCCCAUAUGGUUUAUAUCCCCUCAAACUUCCCCCAACCCCCCAUGUCAUGGCUACACCCCCCAAGCCAUGAGACCCCGAGGUCCCCAGUGGUGGGACCGGCACCCACAGGUGACAGCUCUUCCUCUAGGGUGGGGGCUGUCCCCCCACCACUUCCCCAGCUCAGGCAGGUAAACCCCAAACUGGUGACACUGGAGUUGGGGGGGGCAGGUGACAGCAGGGCCCUCCCCGGGGGACUGGAGCACAGGGUGAGCCCUGGACGGGUGGCACGUGGGGCACUUUCAUGUCACCCCAGCCCCAGGACAGGCUCGUGGCACCUGUCCCCCCCACAAUGGGUGUUCCCCAUCCCCAGGGCAGGUGUGGGGGAUGUGUGACCCUGUCCCAAGGCAUGUGGCACAUGUCACUCUGCAUGGGGUGACUCUGUAGGGCCACCCAACCCACAGCACCACAAAGCACCAGGGGCCACACUGGUCCCUUCAACCACUGGUGACACUCAGCAUGGAGGGGGACACCCCUGGUGACACUCGAGGUGUGUGUCUGUAUGUGUGGGGACACUCCUGGGGACACUCAGCAGGGUGACAACGGGGGAUGACAUGCCAUGCCCAUGGCAGUGUGGGGUGUCCCCUCUGUGUGUCCCCCUUGCCUGGUGUCCCUGCCCCACACCGAGCCCCUUUGCUAUGGAGACUGAGGGUGACCGAGGUUGUCCCCAAGCCAAGGCAGGAGGUGGCCCCAACCUGGUGUGACAGCCCCGCUGGGCACCCACAGCACCCACGGGUAGCACCACAGGGGACAGGGUGGGGGUGACAGCAGAAUGGGGGUGGCUGGACAUCCCCAGACUGGGCUUCUCUGGUGGCUUCUUGUGUGACAUACGAGCAACGGGCUGGGGGACACGGGGACCUGAGGUCACCGUGGGCACGGGAGGGGUCUGGAUCAACCCCCAUCCCUGUCACUGUCACCGCAGUGUCCCCACAGCUGUCACAGCCACAGCCCCGAGGUGCUUCCCGGGCGAGGGGACGCCUCUGGCUCAGAGCAAGAAGCCACCGUUGUCACCGGGUUUGGGGACAUUAAUAUAUAUAUAUAUAUAUAAAUAUCAGGACUUUUCUUAAUGAUUUUAACGCUGUAAGGGCGGGAGGGCGGGAGGGCCCAUGGUGGGGACGAGGGGGGCACCCGUGGCGUGGCGGGGGGGACACCCGGUGCUUCCAGAGCCAAGAGAGCAGAACCCCCCCCAGCCCCCACAGGCUGAGCCCACGGGCCCCGUCCUGUCCCGCAGCCGGGGACAAGCACAGCGGGGCGGGGACCCCCCGUGCCCCCCUCACCGCACCGCCGCCAUCCCGCACCGCCUCGCUCCGCUACCGCCCGC